CCCCCAUCUCCCUGCUGUCUCCUCGCCGGCAGCAAGGCUUGUUCACAUGUGCUCAAUGAUCCAGGACCGUGCCCGCUGAGAGCACCAGCCUCCACCAUGUCAGGGCCAGCACCGCGGCGUGUGCGGAGCUCAGUCCCCAGCCGGGCGCUGCAGCAGGGGCUCAGUGGGGCUCUGUGGAGCUGAACUGGACCGGGAGAGCCCUGUGCCGGCAGGAAUACCCCAUGAACGGAAGAUAUAGAAAACAACAAAGUUAAAAGAGCAGGAGUGGGAUAAACUGAGAGAACGCAAGUGACAAUUUAAUAAGUUCACAGAACAGAGAAGCCAUUGUAGACUAAGCCAUGAAACCGAACGUAAAACAAUGGAAACAACUCAUGCUAUUUGGAAUCUGCGCUUGGGGCUUAUUGUUUUUGGUGAUCUUCAUCUACUUCACAGACAACAACUCAGUGGAACCAGUGCCAAGCACAUUCUCUUACUUAGAAGAUAAAAAAGCCCUACCAAUUCAAGGAAAGCAGAGGGCAAUCAUGGGGGCUCUUCAGGACCCAUCUCUAUCCUACGCCAAUGAUGAGCACAGUCUUGUUAAUGAAGACAUUUUGAACUCAUUUAAGUCUGGCCCAGGUAGUCUUAAAACUAUAGCUGAUAUAGAAAAUUAUUUUGAAAGUGAAGAUGAGUUUUUAAGAUCAAAGAAAAAAAAGGCCCUUGUCCAUGGAGACUCUAAUCAGGCUGUAAAAUAUCACCAAAACUCACACUCUCGGCACAGAAAAAACCGAAGGAACGUACGUCGCAAAAAACAGCAUAUGAUUGAAGAGUCGGAUGAGUGGAAUGGUUUCUCUUCAACCAUGUCCAAGUCAUUUCUUCAGAAGCUGUGGAAAGGCAACGUUUCAUCCAAAAUGCUGACACCUCGUUUGCAGAAAGCUAGGAGAGAGUACCUUAGAGCAAACAAACUUGGGGUAAGCUUUUCAGGAAAACAGAAUUCAAGAAAACUGAGUGCCCAAGAACUGCUCUGCAUCCUGAAAAAGCGAGCUCAUGUAAGAAUGUUGGAUGGCAAAGAGGCCCCAUUCUCAAAUUUAGGAUGGGAAAAGUACUUUCCUCGAAUACCACUAAAUAAACUGUAUCCACGAGGAUUUUCUACUUGUGCUGUUGUUUCCUCUGCUGGAGCUAUACUGAACUCUUCACUUGGUGCAGAAAUUGAUGCCCAUGAUGCUGUCUUACGAUUUAAUUCUGCUCCAACACACAACUAUGAAAAGGAUGUUGGAAACAAAACUACCGUGCGCAUUAUUAAUUCUCAGAUCCUUACUAAUCCAAGCCACCACUUUGCAGACAGUUCUUUGUACAGAGAUGUCACUUUAGUUGCAUGGGAUCCUUCGCCGUAUUAUGCUGACCUCCAUAUGUGGUAUCACAAACCAGACUACAAUCUUUUCCCACCAUAUGAACAACAUCGGAAGAAAAAUCCAAACCAGCCUUUUUACAUUCUUCACCCAAAGUUCACUUGGGAACUGUGGAAAAUAAUCCAAGAGAACAGCAACGAGAAGAUCCAGCCCAAUCCACCUUCUUCAGGAUUCAUUGGUAUCCUCAUCAUGAUGUCCCUGUGUGGGAAAGUUCAUGUCUAUGAAUACAUCCCUUCAUACCGACAGACCGAUCUGUGUCAUUACCAUGAGCAAUAUUAUGAUGCGGCAUGUACACUGGGUGCAUACCAUCCCCUCCUCUAUGAGAAAAUGCUCAUACAAAGGAUGAACCAAGGGACGGAAGACAAUCUUCUCAGAAAAGGAAAAGUCACUCUGCCUGGCUUCAGUACACUGCAUUGCCCCAUAAAUGAUCACAUUACAUAAGAAUGCAUUGUUUGCCUUUGGAAGACGAUGUGCAAUAAAUUGCUACUGUUGUUAGAUCAACAAUACUUGAAAAAGAUAUUGCUUAGACCAUUGAAAGGAAUUGGUCUUUAAACGUAACCUGGUGGGCAUAGAAAUAUCUGUCUAAGCCAAGAAGUAUUUAUUACUGCUUUGCCUGAGCAAGAUGAGCUUAGCUUUGGGUGGUGAAAGUUGCAAUUGCGUGUUGGUUGGGGGGAAUCAAUAUUCUAAUGUGGACUUAGAGGAGCUGCUCCUAUUAAUCCAUAAUGUGCCAUAUUGUUACCAUGUAAUUAAGGAGCUGUCAGCUUUCAUGUGUACUUAUUAAUACAUCUUCAGAUUUUCCUUGAUCUUCUAGAGCUGAGAACUACUUAUCGAUUAAAAAGUCCAUGUGGCCAUUUGAAGCUGUAGAUAUAUUUUAUGACUUUAUAACUAGAGUCACCCACCGGAUUGAAACAUGCAUUUUUCAAACCAUGUACAAUUACAAAUAUAAAAUGUGUUAUACUGUCACAGGGAGAAAUAUUACAUAAUAUAGUUAGGAAGUAUUUGUCUGUAAGAUAUCUAUAGAUUAGGACAUAUGGGAUGCAGGAAAUACUAUAUGCUUGUUUAUAGGUAGAUGUGAGCCAGUAGGUGGGUGUAAGAGUCUUAAUACUGUUUAGUUUGGUUCUGGUAAUCAGAAAAUACCACUAAAAUAUUUAAUCAUAGUGUUAAUUUAAAGAGAUAGCUUCAUGACAUGCUAAUGAGAUGUGUCCAUAAGCAAAAAGAAGGCUUUUCAGUCAACGCCCGCUUCUGAUACUUUAUUUUGCACAUGAGCUAACUAGAAAUGUGAUUUUUAUUUUCUGUGCUUUGCAAGCUGUUAGACAUUGUAUUCAUGUGUCUGUCUCGUUCUGCUGCUAAAUCUAACGCUCCCCAUUCUGAACUAACAAUGUUGUAUCGAUGUUAGGUUGCAGUGAGCUUGGUCCAAGGGCCUAGUAAAUAGCAGGACAAUUGCUUUGAAAAUAUCGCAUGAUAGAAUAUAGUGUGAUAGAAAGGAAAAAUAUAGUCCAUGUAAUGGGAGGCUCCAGUAUUUCUGAUUUUACUGUAUUUAUGUUCAAAUGAAGUAGGAGUUCUAAUGGGUAAGGAGUUGUGUUAAAAAAGAUAAUCGAGGGAACUGUUAAGAAGUAGUUUAAUAUAAGUUACUACUUGAUCCAAGUGACCACAUAGCCACAGCUUUGCAUGGAGGUAUUAAUAUAUGUGGCACUCAUUUAGUGCUAAGAUAUUGUACAGUAGAAUAGAACUCGAAGUAUUACAUCUGCCUCACCUGCCAAAUGUUGGCAGUAGUACACUGUGCACCAACAAAACCUAAACUGUUGAUCUUUUGUUCAUUGCCAAGCAUCAGGUUGCACUUUAUCUGGGAUUUACCAAGCACUGAUAUAGGCUAUGUGAAUGGCUCUGGGGGUGAUUCCUUGCACUUAUACUUGAUAAACCUAAGCACUGGUUGUACAAUUGAGCAACUGAGUGAUCAUAUGGAAAGUGUCCAUCAUGGUUAUCCCGGAAAGGUCACUUGGUAUAGUAUUAAAGUGGUUGUCCGAGACGUAGAAAAAUUUACACUGGAGUAGGCUUACUGUAAAAAAAAAAAAAAAAAACUCACCUGGUCAGAGCAUCGUAGUUCCAGAGCUGCAGCUCCCGUCCCCACCAGGCUGGAAGUGCUAUGAGCCGUCUACAUGGACGUCACCACCAAUAGCCAAUCAGUGGUCUCAGUGUUGACAUGUACCAAAGUGGCACGUGAUUGUUGAUUCUCAGUGGUCACGUGACAUUCCUGCCACGUCUACAUGAACAUCACUGUUGGCAGCAAAUCUGUGGCAUUAGUGGUGACAUUUGCAGGAACAGCAGUGAUAUGCAUGUAGAUGGAACGUCACUUCUGGUGUGGAGGGGAUUGAAAGGGAUGUGAACUGUGGCAUGGAGCUGGAGUCUGAAUUCUCUGACCAGGUGAGUCUUUUUUUUUUAUAGUGUGCUCGAUCCCUUUAAAUAUUCUCUCGGUCUUUGACAACCCUUUUAAAAACACCCCAGGUAGACUAUACACGCUCCAUUGAAGCGGGACCACAGAAAGGGACUUCUGGGGUCAUUACCUUGUACAGUAAUGUUGCUGGUGACCUUGCUCAAUAGUAGGCCUAGUCCUCGAUAAAGGAUCCUAUACACUUGAGUGGUUAGUUGAGUUUUGCUUUGCUCCACUGUACUCCUAUUCAUGUAAUGUAAUGGAUUAUCCACAUCUAAGAAAUCUAUUGUAUUCUUUCCGCCUGAGUUGCAGGAUCACUCAUAAAUUUUACCUGAUCUUUUUGUAUUCUUAGUGGUUUCAAGUGAGCCAGACAAAUUUUUUACUAGUUUUGAUGGUCUUUUGGUAAGAUUUUUUUUUUUUACUCUCUGGCGUAAUGUCCAUUCAGUAAAAAUUUUAAAUGUUUUCAAGGAACAUCAUUUUUGAACAAUAUUUGUACACAUUUGAACACUUUUUCUAUUUUGGA